AUGGGGAAAAACAAGAGGAAGAUGAAGCAAGAAGACGGUGGAAGUCAGCAACACAGUCCAGCCAUCGUCUUCGUCUCCAAUUUGCCCUACUCUUUCGAUAAUUCUCAGCUUGAAGAAACGUUCAGUGAUGUCGGACCAGUUAGGCGCUGCCUUAUAGUUACACAGAAAGGGUCGACUGAAUACCGUGGCUUUGCUUUUGUUCAAUUUGUUGCGACUGAUGAUGCCAAGCGUGCAAUUGAGCUGAAAAAUGGUCAUCAGUUGGAGGUCGCACCAUUGGAGUUAAACAUGCAAUGCAAAGGUCUCCCUUUUUUUUGA